GGAAGCUGCGAUAGCGGCAGGAGGGCGGUUGUUAGUCCUGAGAUCGGCAUAUAUAAGCCAGUCACUCGUCGCCAUGAAGUACUGACUUUCCUCCAUAUCCUUCCAGCGAUUCAAGUCAUCAAACAAUGACCGACAACAAGACUGCAGUUUCUCCCUCUGACAGGGCUCGAUCACCUCAGCCUUCGGUGCGAGCUGCUGAUAUGAACACAACAAGGGAUGUUCCCAGGUGGAAAUACAUAUGGCAUCACAGUUUGACCCAGAUGAUUCUUCUGAGCAUUCAGGCUUUCUGUGGUCCUGCUAUGUCGGAUGCCAUUGCUGGCCUCGGCGGCGGUGGUCUUGCAACUCCCCAAGUUUCCAACAUCUCGACAGCCCUGCGAUAUGCUGCUCUUGCUUUCACCUGUUUCAUGGGAGGCCCUAUCGUGAACAAGAUUGGAGUCAAAUGGGCUUUGGUGAUUGGCUCCAUGUCCUUUCCCAUCCAGGGUUCCGCAUACUACUGCAAUAGCAAGUUCGGUAACCAAUGGUAUCUCAUCCUCAGUGGCGCCAUUGGUGGAAUCGGCACAGGCUGUUGGUAUGUCGCUGAAGCUGGUGCCAUCAUGACCCUAGCCCCUUCUGGAGCCCGUGGAAAAUAUUUGGCCCUGUGGAUUGUGUCCCGAAACCUUGGCCAGCUUGUUGGCGGUGCGAUCAACUUGUCCAAGAACCACGAGAAGGGUGUCAGUGGCGGAGUUACUCCCGAUACUUACAUUGCCUUCCUCAUUAUUGAGUGUCUAGCUCUGCCAUUCGCAUUUAUGAUCACGCCCUUUGAGCAUGUCAUUCGAUCCGAUGGUACUAAGAUCGUUACUACCGAGACCCUCUCCACAAAGCUUGAGGUUAAGCGCAUCGCAAAGACCAUGACCUCGCGACUCAUCAUUCUGUCGUCUAUCUGGGCGGUCUGGUCUUUCUUCUACAGCGGCUCCUGGUCAACUUAUCUCGGCAUCCACUUCACCGUCCGCGCCCGUGCCCUUUCGUCGCUCAUCUCGCCAUUCUUCUGCAUUGUUGGCUGCUUUGGCCUCGGCUUCAUUCUUGAUGCCAAGAAAUUGGCACAACGCCGCCGCGCCCAGAUCGGUCUCUAUACUGUUGUCGUCCUCAACGUCGGAGUGUAUAUCUGGUCCAUCAUCAUGCAAGCUCGAUUCGAUCGCAAUGACCCAGGAGCUAUCGAUUGGGACGACAGCCUCUUCGCCACUUCCUUCUUGCCGUACUUCUUUGUGCAGACAACAGGACCACUUUCCCAGUCGUACAUGUACUGGCUUCUGUCAUCCUUCGCGACCGAUGCACAAGAGAAUGUUCGAAAUGGAGCUGCGUUCCGCUGUCUUGAGGCCAUUGGCCAGGCUAUCGCAUAUGGCAUGAACACUCAGACGAAGAGCGAUCCUCUUGUUGGGUUUUGUGUGACUUUUGGCCUGUUAGGUGCUUCACUUCUGCCCAUGAUCAUGCUCGUCAACACUACACCCGACAGGAUCCCCGCAGACGAGAUUGCAGAGCAACAGGCAGCUCUCGGAGAGAAGUUCGCAGAUAUCGAAGGCCAGGCUGUGAACAUCGAUGGAAGCUCCACCAAGAAAUAA